AUGAAGGAGGGACAGUGUUUGUGCGGUAGGGUAGGAGAAAGCGGGAGAUGCUAUAUAUACCUGAGGAGCAGUCCAUAUCACCACUACGGUAUCAACAAAACAACUCUCAGCAUGUUUCUGAUAGUGCUGCUGCCUUUGCUGGCCAUUGGAGUUGCCGGCGAAAACGGUCAGAAGAGGAGUGCCGACCCUGGUAUCGUGGCGGGACAUGCUGGCUAUGGAGGACUCACAUCUCUGGGCUCUGGCGCAGCCGUCAUCGCGGACGGAGCCAUUGCUUCAGCUGGAGGCAAACUUGUUUCCCAAUUGGUUGAAGUACAGAACACAGUCGGAGUUCCAGCACCAGUACCCAUCGCUCACGCGGUGCCAGUUGGAGUACCAGUUCCCGUUUCACAUCCUUUACCAAUCAAAGUGCCUGUACCAGUACCUGUCGUUCAAACUGUUGAAGUGCCAUUUGAGAAAGUAGUUCCCUACCCCGUUAUAAGGCGGGUUCCUGUCGAAGUAAUAAGAAAAAUCCCUGUCCCCGUACCAGAUCCUUACCCAGUGAAGGUGCCUGUGUACCAGACCAAACAUAUAUACUACUCAGUCAGGCCAAAAUACCACUACCAUGGUUGGUAGAAUAGAAGGUCAAUACAGAUUUCAAAAAAAUCUUCUAGUCACCC